GGCCCAAAACUCCAUAUAUCCUCACUUUUUCCCAGCACCUCAAACAGGUCGCACUAUUUUUGUGGGCAGAACCGAUUUAAAACUGGGCAGCCGCGAUGUCAACCGCCUACUGGAAUGUGUGCUGCAGUGGGUGCCGAAUCCAAAACCUACCGCGAUACCGCUUCAAGUGUCUGCGUUGCGCAAACUACGACUUGUGUGAGGCGUGCCAUGAGAAGAAGGUGGUGACCGGAGUUGAACACAAGCCGGAUCAUCCGUUCCAGUGCCUGGUGGACUUGCCCACCAAGGAGCUGCUCUUCGCCGGCGAGCCCAUACCGACUCUGGAGGCGGACAGCUUCACCUGUCCCGUGUGUUCCAAGCACGGACACUCGGCCGACGAUCUGGUCAAGCACACAGUGAACGACCACAAGACUGACAGCACAAAGGUCAUCUGUCCCCUGUGCGUGGCCGUGCACGGGUCCGACCCACACCUUUUGGACAAUAUCGGGACUCACAUGAGCCACAUUCACGGCUCGGCUGAUCGUACGGUGCGCUUCGAUCUGCCGGGAAACGACGAGGGCUAGCUACAAAAAUCGAACCACAAAUUCUAUGCCCUCCACACAAAUACAAUAAUUAUACAAUGUUGAAGUGUACACUGACAAACAUCAUACAUACAUAUACACUAAAAAUCGAUCAUUCGCUGACAUGACAUGAACUGAUAAAAACACUUCUGAGAUUGGUGUGGAAAAUUACAUAUGUCCUGUCGCAACGUAUGCUUCUUAAUCGUUGAAAUAUACCGAG